GCGCGUUCUCACUAAAGAUCAUGGAGAUGCGAAGCACAUCCACCACACUAAUCAUCACAAAAAUCCAAUAUAAACCAACCAUAUAUACAAUACACCCUUCUCCCACUUGCAUGUGCCAGCUUUUCUUGUGGUGUCAUGUCCCACCUUCCUCACAUGCCCAUUGGCCACCCCGAUCUCAAAUCCAAGUACCACGCAACUCGAUCCUUGUAUAUAUAUAGAUUAACCCUAACCCUCCAUAUAUUGCACCACGUACACCACCACUUCUUCAUUAUCAAUACACGUACGUUCUCCUUUCCUAAAUCGAGCUGCGCCAGAAAUGGCUUCUAAGUCCUUUGCUACGUUGGCUCUCCUCCUCACUCUCAACCUCCUCUUCUUCACUUUGGUCUCCUCCUCCUACGUGCCAUGCCCGCCGCCGCCGAAACCUAAACCGAAACCAACUCCUAAGCCGACUCCCACGCCAAGCUGGGGCUCAUGCCCGGUCGACACGCUUAAGUUCGGUGUGUGCGCCAACCUCUUGAAUGGCCUCAUCAAUCUCGAGCUCGGAAAGCCGCCGAAGAAGCCCUGCUGCAGCCUCCUUGAGGGCCUCGCGGACGUCGAAGCGGCCGUGUGCCUCUGCACGGCUCUUAAAGCAAACAUUCUCGGCACCAACCUUAAUGUUCCAAUUCAACUUAGCUUGCUCCUUAACUACUGUGGCAGGAACGUUCCCGCUGGCUACAAGUGCGCUUAGAUUUCAUUGCUCUACGUAUAAAUUUGGUGUCUGCAUGGUUGAAGUGUCGAAGUGCAUUAAUAUAUUUGGUUUGUGCUAGCCACGUGAAGGGUUUUAAUUUGUUGUGGUCAUGGAUUUGUGGUAUUGUUUAGCAUUUCUUUUGGAGUGGGAGGUUCUACAUGCAAUGAUGCAUGAGCAAUCCAUUUCCAAUUGUAAUAAUUAUGGAGCCUAAUUAAGUAACUAAGGUGUUGAAAAAUGUAUUUGUACGUACUAUAUAUGAAAAAUUCCAAGUGUCGAUGUGUUAAACCAA